CCACUUGACGCAGCCUCGCCCGAACACGCGGACAUGAUAUGCUCAGUGCCACAGCUCGCUCUCUCGUGCCCUCACGCAUGUAUUGUGCUGCAAGGAACAACGGCCGCGCUUUUUUCGAGACAUAAAUAUUGACAGAGGCUCCGCGCGACGUGUCUGGUUUUCGCGCGACAGAUGACUGCCUGUGUCCUCUCGCUGAGAAGGAAGAGAGAGAAAAAAAAGAAGUGAGCGGUGCGAAACUGGCGGUUUAUGAGAGCAAAUAACUGCCAAAAAAAAAAGCAACAACAUUCCUUCAAUACAUUUUGCGUUUGUUUGCGUGUGAGACCCAUGUGACAGAACACGGGAAGUGAGGUGUUAUACUCGCGAGUUCGAUAAAUCGCCCUAUAAUGUAAGAUCGGAGGCAGCGAGUGUUAAGUGUGCGAGUGUCGUCGGCGCUGAAGGCCAUGGCACACGAGGCAGUCAACCCCGCCGUGGGCCGCAUGUGGCACCUGGACCACAACAACCCUUACGACAGGGCCAUGCGCUCGCAGGUCAGGAACUACAUGCCCAACCGCCACAGCUACGUGGACCAGACGAGCGCCAUGCCCAACCUGAACCGCCAUUACGCGCAGAGCCUCGAGUCCAUGGACAACGGGCUGGCGAGGCCCAUCAAGCCCAUCUCGCCCCACUCCCCCUACGCCCCCCACCUGCCGCAGCCCACCUCCCACUCGACCCACGCCCUCCACUCCCCCCACUCCGCCCACAUGGCCCACUCCUCCCACUCGCCCCACGCGGCGCCCUCGCCCCACUUCCCGUCCGCCCCGACCGCCCGCCCGACGAGGCCCGGGAGCAGGUUCUCGAGGUCGGGCCACAGGUCCUCCUCGACGCGCAACGGCCGCCCCUCCAGCUUCACAGCCUCUCAGGACGACUUCGUCUUCUUCUCGCCCAACAAACCGCCUCCCGCAGGAGUGGCCCUGACCAACAAGGUCCUGCCGGAGGAGAACGAGGACGAUGACGAUGACGACGACGACGACGACGACGAGAACGACGCGCUGUCCAGUGACAAGAGGCUGCGACGGACGGGCAAGGUCGCGAACUACGGUCGAAAAUGCCGAGACUGCAUGACGCGGGUGCCCUACGCCACCCUCAUCGCCACCAUGAUGUGCUGCGUGGGCGUGGGCGUGUUCUGCGGCACCAUGUAUCGCGGCACUACCCUCACCCUCAGAAUGUUUGAGGAGGUCUUCAAGCUGCGCGUCAUAUGGGUGGAGCCGGUCCAGCUGACUUUCAUGGUGGUGGGAGCUGGCAUGGGAGGACUCGGACUCAUGAUCCUAUUCGUAGGAUGCCUUUCGACGGGCGACACGAGGAACAAGGUCUACAGGACAUGGCGAGGGCGCGUGGGAGGAAGGAUCUCCUGUGCCAUUUUCAUGGGCAUCACGUACCUGUUGUCUUUGGCCUGGUUGCUGAUGUUCGCUGCUAUCAUCAUUGUUACCCUGUUCUAUACUCUUGCGUGGUUGCAGUGUCAGUAUAUCCCUCAGAAUGACUGUAUCGACUACAAUCAGUUUAGUUUUCUGUUUCCUGAGGGAACACCAGAGGAGGACAAGAGGGUGUGUGAUGGCGAGAAGAAGCUGUUCUGCAAAGACUACGUCAACAACGCAGAAAUCAUGUUCAUUCUUGCGUCUGUUUCGUCCUUUUUGGUGAUUUUGUCAUUGGUACAUUAUCUAAUGUGCUUGGCAGCAAAUUAUGCUCACAUAAAGGACCAAGAGAAGUUCAUGGACCUGCAGGAGAUCCAGUUCCUGCAGGAGUCAGAGAUGUCCACACUCCCCAAAGACCGCUUCUAGGAUACAGCCCAAGGGAUCUUUUGGCGCAACAACCAACGUAGUCGCUACUUCGAGUCGGUUGCCUGAGCUCAGGAUGCAUGUCUUUUUGAAAACCUGGAGGAUUUGUAAACAGUGAGGAAAAUGGAACAACCACAUAAGAAGAUUGGAAGAUUUAAGACGACUUCCCUGCAAGAUUUAGGACAUUCUGAUCUCUUGCUGUCUGUUCAUGUUUUUUUUUUUUUUUUUUUAUAAUCUCCCCUGAUUCCAUUGGAAAGGAACAGUAAACCAGGAAGGCUUUGUAUUCUGAGACCUUCAUGAGAAAUUUUGAAAGGCCUUGCACUGAAAUCCCCAGCUUUAAAAAGACUGUAGUCUUAGCAGGAUGAUUGUUGGUAAGCCUCAUUUGGGAAGGAUCUGUAUGGAAGACCCAUUUGAUUAUAAUAAUGUUUUUUUUUCACUAAAUGUACAUGAUUGACCGAUUCACCAUUGCCGAGUGCGCAGAUUUUCCCAAACUGGGGCUUGUUUCCCUUCAACCCAGAGGCAAUUCAGAAAUGGCAAGCUGCAUCAUAAUAAUACAUGUAACGAUGGCGUACAGCGGGACCAGUCUCCAUGAAGACAACUUUGUUGAUAGUUUUGCUGCUCAAUAUCCCUACUGUCAAUGCAAUUUGCAGUGCGUUUCUCCAUGCCUCUGGUUUGAAGCCGAUUGGGUUAGGGGGUGAAGAGGUAGUUGCUUUUUGUGUGUGCUUCUCGCUCGAAGUUCUGCGUUUCAUUCCAUUAGUUUGGAAGAUAUUUUUGUAACAUGCUUUGUUUCCCCCUCCCCUCUUGUAUGUGACUGUGCUAUCGUUGCAGCCUCAAUUAAUGGGAUGGAAGGUAUUGCUUGCGAGAUGUCAAUGCUACAUGCUGUUCUUUUUUUUUUGUGGUUUCUUCUGUAGAAAGUAGGUCUUUUUUUUAUUCUUUUUGUUUUAUAAAUAUAACGACUCAUUCUAUUUGCAAAUACAGAUAUGUUGCAGCGUUUUCCCUGUGUAUGCAUUGUAUGCUCUUUUGUUUAGAUAAGUCGGAAGUAUAGGUUACUGUUUGUGUGCAUAUGUGAUUGAUAUAUGAUUAGAAAUUACUGAUCAAAUCACAACUUGUUCAGCAAUUUUUAUCAGUCACUCCUUAGUUUUGAAAUGCAAUGUCUUUAACACUACUAACUGUAUUUCAACAAAUAAUCAUCUGCUGCUGGUUUUUUCCCCUCCACUUACAAAUUACAUCACGUCCUUUGUCCAUGCUUCUUUUUCUCUAUUAGUUGACUAAUAACUACUAACAUCAAAAACGCCCAGUUAUUUUAGCGGAGUGGCCUCCCUGCCCUUGAGUCUCCUGUGUGUGUGCUUCAGAGGAUCCCUUGGGUAAAUUUUACAUGUGGAUCCCACCAAGCCAAUUCCCCUGUGACGGCCUUCUGAGAUCCAUUCGGAAAAUUUACAUUUGCCAUUAAACUAAGGACUGACAAUCUUCAGUAAAUACUUAUGAAAUAAAAGUCGUUUAUUUUCGUUUUUGAUUUUUGUUCUUUUGAAAGUUGUGACAAUCAACCUGUGUUUAUAUUUUCACUGUUCAAAUGCAUACAUGUGCUGUAUGAAAAUAAAGUAUAAAGAGAGUUAGACUCACUGAUGUAGAGAUCACGAAGUCUCGGCUUCAGUGACAUCCAGUAUUUGAUGUAAUAGAAUAUAACCUCCUGUGUAGUGUGCUACAAGUAGUUAUUUUUCCCUGUAUUCCUAGCCUUAGCCUAAAACAGCUGAACUAUUCACUUUCAGGCUGUUAUUAACAAGAAGCAACAUAUCAUCUUUUCUGUUUUAACAAGUAGAAUGCAUACUUGAAACAUAUCACAUAUCCCCGCGAGAGUGAAAAACAAUUAUUUAACAUAGCAAUUUUUUUUUUGUCCUUUCCUUUUUAAAGUAUUCUUACUUCAUACACACACAUAGCCAAGAGAACGAAAUUACGCCUCAUGGCUCUCGGAACUAAACUUUGCUACAGCUGUCCUGUUACCUUUUUUUUCGGUGAUGUAUAGUUGUAUUUAACUCUCCCAGGACUGUUAUGAAUUUGGCCUCUAGUAAUGUUAAACUUCUCUGAUAUUUAGUAUGGAAGGAGUACACCUUUACUAACACAUUUACAUUGGUGUAGUUAGCUUUGUGCACUUGAGUGAGUGGACUAUUGUGCCUGUUGGAUAUGCUCUUUUCUUUUAAGGGAAGAAAAAAAAAAAAAAAGGUAAAAAAAAAAAAAAAAAAGAAAAAAA